AUGACGUCAAAUAGUCGUCCAUCAGACGAUGAUCUCCCCAAGGUUGAGGCUGACAAAGCGAACUCGACUCUUCAUGUUGUGGGAGAAGAGGCGAGGCCUAUCGACCUGGAGGUCAGCAGACGGGUUCUUAGGAAGAUUGAUCUUUUUUUGAUGCCGGCAAUGGUAAUCGGAUAUGGGUUGGUCUACUACGAUAAGGCAAUUCUUGGAAGUGCAGCGCUUUUUGGAAUGACUUCCGACUUGCAUCUGUCUGUUAUCGAUGCAUCAACCGACCCGCCUACAGUCAACACGUCGAGACUGAGCUGGGCGACGUCUAUCUUUUACUUUGGCCAGCUCAUUGGAUCAUACCCGAUGACGUACUUGCUCCAACGGUUUAACUCACGAUUCAUCCUGGGGCCUGUUGUAAUGUUCUGGGCUGUGAUAUGCGCUGCCACUGCGGGAGUAACAACAUGGCAAGGGCUGCUAGUCCUACGAUUCUUCCUAGGCUUCACGGAGUCUAUUGUGCCGACGGCUUUCAUGAUCACCGUCAGCGGGUACUAUACGCAAUCAGAGCAGGCCCUCCGCCAGAGCUGGUGGUUCUCGGGCACUGGCUGGUUCACUGUGAUCGGAAGCGCUCUCAACUAUGGGUUCGCCCAGAUCAAUGGCGGAGCUUUGAAGUCGUGGCAGUAUAUCUAUGUUCUGGCCGGCGGUUUGACGUUCCUUUUUGGUCUUUGGUGUUUUGCUCUUCCCAACUCAGUACUGAAUGCAUGGUUUCUAACCGAAGAGGAACGUGUCGUGGCUAUUGAGAGGCUACGAGCCGGCCACACUGGUCUGAAGAGCAACAAGAUCGAGUUCUAUCAAGUCAAGGAAGCCGUGUUAGACAUCAAGGUCUGGCUUGUGGCGCUAAUGAUGGCGUCAGCAUACACGGUCAAUGGUGCAGUGUCUGGCUUUGGACCUCUUAUUGUUUCAACAUUUGGCUACUCCCCACUCGAGAGUAUUCUCUUUCAAUUCCCACUUGGAUCUAUCUGUGCAGUCGGCAUUCCCUUGACUGGCUGGCUUUGCUCGCGUUAUCGCCACAUCCGGAUCCCAGUCCUUCUUUUUUGCUGUUUGCCAGUCAUCGCAGGGUUUGCAAUCAUAUGGAAGUCUGAAUGGAGAACUCGCCCUGUCGCUCCUGUGGUUGGUUAUUCCAUCAUCGGUUUCUUCGGUCCAGUCGUCAGUCUCACCGUCACCCUCGGAGCGGCAAAUGUGGCUGGUGAAACAAAGAAGAGCUUCAUGGCGUCGGCUGUCUUUGUCGCUUAUUGUGUUGGAAACAUUAUUGGACCUCAGCUGGUGCGAAGUGAAGAGAAAUCUCAGCAUUACCCACAACUUUGGACUGGCCUGAUUAUUUGGUGA